AUGGCGGAGCUCUACGCAUUUUUCGAAGAUGUUGGCGUGCGUGAGGACGAAAUAACAGGCGUAUUUCGUUCUAACAGUGACGCAUUCACCGUCCUGUCAGACGAUGCGUUCAUCAGGCACUUCCGGCUUUCUAAAGAAGCAGUUCGAGAAGUCUGCGAUGCCGUCAGGGAAGACUUGAAACGACCGCAGCAGUGGCGAUCCACCACGCUUACCGUCGAACAAAGGGUGCUCAUGGCACUGCGUUUCUACGGGACCGGGGCCUUUCUUGGUAAUAUAGCUCAUGAAGAAUAUUUCACCACGACCAAGGGCCCUGUCUCGGAGUCUCUACACGCCGUCAGCCUGGCUGUGAUAAAACAUCUCGCACCCAAGUACCUGCGCUUCCCACAAACACCGGAGGAGAAGCUGGCCGUGAAACGUGGGUUCUACGACGUUGCAGGCCUGCCUGGAUGCCUUGGUGCAGUCGACGGCACAGCGGUCGCAAUCAUAGCACCCAGCACCAAGGAUCCACGUUUCACUGAUGGCAAUUAUUACAGCCACAAGGGGUACCAUGCACCUAACGUGCGGGGGGUACGUGAUGGGAAUCAUGCUUUUUAG